AUGACAGAGGAAGGUGAAGGGCAUGAGGGGGGGGAGUGUAUCCUCAGAAGGUCGAGGUCGGUAGCCGCGGUGCCACCAGUGGGUCACGGUCCAUCUGGUGGCUGCGGCCCACAUAGUGGCGCGACCCACUGUGGAGGUCGCGGACCACCUGGUGGCCAUGGCCCACACAGUGGCACGGCCCGCUGUGGAGGUCAUGGACCACCUGGUGGCCGCGGCCCACAUAGUGGCGCGACCCACUGUGGGGGUUGUGGUCCACUCGGUGGCACGGCCCACUGUGGAGGUCGUGGACCACCCAGUGGCCGCGGCCUGCAGGGUUUGGCUACCCCAUUUCUGCCAUAA